GAGGAGGUGCGCUUCGGUACGACCGCAACUACCACUGCCCGUUACGGGUCGUGCGGACUCUACGAGGAACGAGAGCGCCAGCGAUCGGCCUCGUAUCUGUGGUCUUGUCGUCUUCUUCCUCUUCGUUAUAAGCAGAGAGACCGAAAGCGAAGCGGAGCAAUUACCCCUGCGAGAGCUGUCGUGGUUGUUGAAGAACGAAGAAGGAGAAGUUAUGGCCUGUGCAAGCUUCGCUAAGCUCAACGCGUCCUCCUCCCAGUGGAUCGGACAGCAGUCCUUCUCCCAGCGCCACGCCCGCACCUCCGCCCCCUGCCGGGUCUCUCUCCCGAUCCGCGCCGCCGCCGGUUACACCGAUGAGCUCGUCCACACCGCCAAAACAAUUGCAUCUCCUGGUCGUGGAAUCCUGGCCAUUGAUGAAUCAAAUGCUACCUGUGGAAAGAGAUUGGCUUCUAUUGGCUUAGACAACACUGAGACUAACCGACAAGCAUACAGACAACUCCUGCUGACCACUCCCGGUCUCGGUGAAUACAUUUCUGGUGCCAUUUUGUUUGAGGAGACCCUUUACCAAUCAACAACUGAUGGCAAGAAAUUUGUGGACUGCUUGAAAGAGCAGAAAAUUGUGCCGGGCAUUAAAGUCGAUAAGGGUUUGGUUCCCCUACCAGGAUCGAACAAUGAAUCCUGGUGCCAAGGCUUGGAUGGCUUAGCAUCAAGAUCUGCUGAGUACUACAAGCAAGGUGCCCGAUUCGCCAAAUGGCGAACAGUUGUCAGCAUCCCAUGUGGUCCUUCUGCUCUGGCUGUUAAGGAAGCUGCUUGGGGACUGGCAAGAUAUGCUGCUAUUUCUCAGGACAACGGUCUUGUGCCUAUUGUGGAACCAGAGAUUCUUCUCGAUGGGGACCACCCAAUUGAGAGGACCCUUGAAGUGGCAGAGAAGGUGUGGUCAGAGGUGUUCUUGUACUUGGCCGAGAACAAUGUUCUUUUUGAAGGAAUCCUACUCAAGCCCAGCAUGGUGACUCCAGGAGCCGAGCACAAGGAGAAGGCUUCUCCCGAGACCAUUGCCAAAUAUACUCUCACUAUGCUUAGGAGGAGAGUUCCUCCUGCUGUUCCAGGAAUCAUGUUCUUGUCUGGAGGACAGUCCGAGGCGGAGGCCACCUUGAACCUUAACGCGAUGAACCAGAGCCCUAACCCGUGGCACGUAUCCUUCUCGUAUGCACGUGCCCUGCAGAAUACCGUCCUCAAGACAUGGCAGGGACAGCCAGAGAACAUUGAACCUGCUCAGAAGGCUCUCUUGGUGAGGGCGAAGGCGAACUCGCUGGCCCAACUUGGGAAGUACUCCGCGGAGGGUGAGAGCGAGGAAGCCAGGAAAGGAAUGUUCGUGAAAGGCUACACUUACUGAGCUACCAUUGUAAGAGGGGUUUGGUCACUUAGCCCCUGCAUAGUUUUCUCUGCUUGCUGCUAUGAUUUUGUUCCUUGUUGGUUAUCGGAGGUGAAGACCCUGGAUUUGCGGAUAGCAUUUUAUUUCAUCUUUUCGUUUGUUAGCUCACAAUAAGACCUAUGAGAAGGGAAAGAAGAGAAUCUCAGGACUUGAUGAGACUGUUGCCAAGUGCCGAGAUGUUGCUAGUAAACCAAGAUAGGUGUAUAAUUAUUCCUAUUAACGUUAUAUGAAAGACUCGGGGACACGAGUGAGGCUGCUGUCUGGUUAUGUGACU